AUGAUGGAAAGAAUAAGAAAAGAGAUGAUUCUGAUGGAGAGAGGGCUGCACAGCCCCACAGCCGGCAAGAGGUUCUCCAAUUUGUCCGACUCGGCUGGAAAUGCUGUGCUCGAGGCCCUGGAAAAUUCGCAGCACCCGGCUCGCCUCAGCCCGCGCCUGCCGUCUGCCCCCCUGCACGGCGCUCUGGGAGACCUCCCUGCUAAGAGCAAAUUCGAAAUAGACACUUUGUUCAAUCUUCAGCACCCGGGCAGCGAAAGCACCAUCUCAGCCGAAAUCACCACCGCUGCCGAGAGCCGCAAGAAGCCAGGCCAUUAUUCGGAGGCGGCCGCUGACGCCGACAUGAGUAGCGACGUGGAGGUGGGCAGCUCGGCGCUGCGCUCCCCCGGUAGCCUCAGUGCCGCGCCGCUCAAGGAAAACAAUGGCAAAGGGUACGCGGAUAGCGGAUCGGCCACUGGCACCACGACGUCUGCCUCGGGCUCCGGCCUAGGCAGCCUGCAUGGAGGCGGCGGCGGCGGCGGCGGCGGGGGCGCGACGCUGGGCGGCUCUGGCGCGGAUCAGGUGCGGCGCUACCGCACGGCAUUCACCCGCGAGCAGAUCGCGCGCCUGGAAAAGGAGUUCUACCGGGAGAACUACGUGUCGCGGCCCCGCCGGUGCGAGCUGGCCGCCGCGCUCAACCUGCCGGAGACUACCAUCAAGGUGUGGUUCCAGAACCGGCGCAUGAAGGACAAGCGGCAACGCCUGGCCAUGUCGUGGCCGCAUCCGGCCGACCCCAGCUUCUACACCUACAUGAUGACGCACGCGGCCGCCACCGGAAGCUUUCCCUACCCCUUCCACUCGCACGUGCCGCUGCACUACUACCCGCAUGUGGGAGUUACGGCUGCAGCCGCGGCAGCUGCGGCGUCGGGCGCCGCCGCCGCCUCGUCACCCUUCGCCACUUCCAUUCGCCCGCUGGACACCUUCCGCGCCCUCUCGCACCCUUACUCGCGGCCGGAGCUGCUCUGCAGCUUCCGCCACCCAGGCCUCUACCAGGCGCCGGCUGCCGCCGCAGGGCUCAAUAGCGCGUCCUCGGCCGCAGCGGCCGCAGCAGCCGCGGCGGCCGCAGCCUCCUCGGCAGCGGCUGCCGGGGCGCCCCCCAGCGGCGGCUCCGCGCCCUGUUCGUGCCUCAGUUGCCACAGUAGUCAGUCGGCAGCCGCGGCUGCGGCGGCUGCGGCUGCGGCCCUGGGUUCUCGGGGUGGCGGCGGGGGCGGGGGUGGCGGCGGCGGCGCGGGGGCUGCGGGGGGCUCGGACUUCGGCUGCAGCACCGCGGCACCACGCUCGGAGAGUGGCUUCCUGCCCUAUUCGGCUGCCGUGCUUAGCAAGACCGCCGUGAGUCCGCCGGACCAGAGGGACGAGGCUCCCCUCACCAGAUAA